AUGGCCCCGAAGCUGCUCCUCCUCCUCUGUCUGUUCUCGGGUUUGCACGCCCGGUCCAGGAAGGUGGAAGAGGAUGAAUAUGAAGAUUCAUCAUCAAACCAAAAGUGGGUCUUGGCUCCAAAAUCCCAAGACACUGAUGUGACUCUUAUCCUCAACAAGUUGCUAAGAGAAUAUGAUAAAAAGCUGAGGCCAGAUAUUGGAAUAAAACCGACCGUAAUUGACGUUGACAUCUAUGUUAACAGCAUUGGUCCUGUGUCAUCAAUAAACAUGGAAUACCAAAUUGAUAUAUUUUUUGCUCAGACAUGGACAGACAGUCGCCUUCGAUUCAACAGUACAAUGAAAAUACUCACUCUGAACAGCAACAUGGUGGGAUUAAUAUGGAUUCCAGAUACAAUCUUCCGCAAUUCUAAAACUGCAGAGGCUCACUGGAUCACCACCCCCAAUCAGCUCCUCAGAAUUUGGAAUGAUGGGAAAAUCCUUUACACUUUAAGGCUCACCAUAAAUGCAGAGUGCCAGCUACAGCUGCACAACUUUCCCAUGGAUGAACAUUCCUGUCCACUGAUUUUUUCCAGCUAUGGCUACCCCAAAGAAGAAAUGAUUUACAGAUGGAGAAAAAAUUCAGUUGAGGCAGCUGAUCAGAAAUCCUGGCGGCUUUAUCAGUUUGACUUUAUGGGCCUCAGAAACACUACAGAAAUUGUAACAACAUCUGCAGGUGAUUAUGUUGUCAUGACUAUAUAUUUUGAAUUGAGUAGAAGAAUGGGAUACUUCACUAUUCAAACAUACAUUCCCUGUAUACUGACUGUGGUUUUAUCCUGGGUGUCAUUUUGGAUCAAAAAAGAUGCUACACCAGCAAGAACAGCAUUAGGCAUCACCACAGUGCUGACCAUGACCACGCUUAGCACCAUUGCCAGGAAUUCCUUGCCCCGUGUGUCCUAUGUGACAGCCAUGGACCUCUUUGUGACUGUUUGCUUCUUAUUUGUCUUUGCUGCUCUGAUGGAGUAUGCCACCCUCAACUACUAUUCAAGUUGUAGAAAACCAACUACCACUAAGAAGAAAACAUCGUUAUUGCAUCCAGAUUCCUCAAGGUGGAUUCAUGAGCGAAUAAGCCUACAAGCCCCCUCCAGGAAAAGUGUAAUGACCUUGAAGAAAGUACAUAGAAAAACAACUCAGAGAGAAAGGGCUCCAGGCCAGAACUAUUCUCUCCUUGACGUGAGGCCCCCACCACCUGCAAUGAUCACUUUAAACAAUUCUGUGUACUGGCAGGAAUUUGAAGAUACCUGCGUCUAUGAGUGUCUGGAUGGCAAAGACUGUCAGAGCUUCUUCUGCUGCUAUGAAGAAUGCAAAUCCGGAUCUUGGAAAAAAGGGCGUAUUCACAUAGACAUCUUGGAGCUGGACUCAUAUUCUCGGGUCUUUUUCCCUACAUCAUUCCUGCUCUUCAACUUGGUCUAUUGGGUUGGAUACCUGUAUCUCUAA